UAGACAGUUCAGCAAUCGAUCAUUAGGUCCCUGACGAGCGUCAGCAACUUCGAUAUAGUUUACGCCGAAGAAGUAAGGAAACAUCUCCAUCAGCUCCCAAGAUGAAGUUCUUGUUCGUGACUAUUGCUCUGUUCGUCCUUGCCGUCGCCUUGGUAGCAGCUGCUCCAGCAGUCAAUGAUGAGUCAAUCCUAGGAGGGGAUGUUUACGAAGCCGAAGUUGACAGCUUCAACCCGCAGGAUCCGCAGGCUUUCCUGAAGCUGAAAAAACUGAAGAAGCUGUUAUUCCUCGGCUAAGUGUAUAAUUGGUUAAGCAAAACCAAAGUGCCAAAGUGAUGUGGUGUGAAGAUCAUAUAACUCAUAUCAUCAAGUUGGUGCACCGAGGUCACAAUAUCGGCGCCGGGUACUGACGAUACACUUGAAGCCCACUUUCCCAAAAGCUCCUUAGAUGCUAAAUAAUAGACGUUUCCUCACGAAGCUCUCCUUCCACGAUGCCCCUUUCUAGUAUUCAAGCCCACCCUGCCAGUUUUUGUAUUAGUAUAUUUUUACAUUCAAUUCAAGCCCACCCUGCCAGUUUUUGUAUUAGUAUAUUUUUACAUUAAGUAAAUGUGUGUUAUUGUUGUUUUACAGUAAAAGUGUUCAAUAUAUUCCUGAACGUCUAAGAAUGUAGAGUAUCGCCCAAAAGCAACUUGGGCUAAACUUCUUAUUUUCUCUUCUG